AUGGUUUACUUCUCCCACUUAUUUUCUCUCUCUCUCUCUCUCUCUCUCUCUCUCUCUCUCUCUCUCUCUCUCUCUCUCUCUCUCUUUUCUUCCUCAGAUUUCUUCGAAAUCCCCUCAAAUCUCUUAGGAAAUCAUUUACGCCCUCUCUCUCUCUCUCUCUCUCUCUCUCUCUCUCUUUCUCUCUCUGUUGACGUUAUUGUAUUUUUAUAUUACUUAUGUAAAAAAUAUGAUCUUUUUUCACUUACACAUUAUUUCCUCUCUCUAUCUCUCUCUUUUUGUCUCUCUCUUUCUUUUUUACCUCUUUGCCUCACUUUUUAUUUCUUUUGGUGGAUUUUUUUCUGUCUAUCUCCGCUCUCCCUCCCCCUCUCCCUCUAUCUAAUUAUGUCUUUCUGUCCGUCUCCUCUCUCUCUCUCUCUCUCUCUCUCUACCCGUUUAUGCCUUUCUGUCUAUCUCACUCACUAUUUCUCUGUCCGUUUUUUCAUUAUGCUUCUAUCUCUCUUUUUCUCUGUUUUUCUUUCGGCCUCUUCGUCUUGCCUUUUGUCUGUUUCUUUUUUUCUUUUUCUGUGUGGCGCUCUUUCUGUUUUUAAUUCCCUGUCUCUGUCUCUCUCUCUCUCUCUCUCUCUCUCUCUGUUCAUUUUGAAACCUCUCUUUCAUUCAGUUUUUCUUUCUCAUUCUAUCUGUAGCUGUAGCCUCCUCUCUCUCUCUCUCACAUACACUCUCACACUCUCUCUCUCUCCUUCUCUCGCCCCAUCUCUCUCUCACUCUCCCACUCACUCUAUCUCCCCCUCUCUCUCUCUCUCAAACUAUCUCUCUCUCUCAAACUCUCUCUCUAUCUCUCGCUCUCUCUCUUCACCCAUCAUUCUCACUCUCUUUAAUACUAUCUAUCUACCUAUCUAUGCAAUCAUGUCAUAUCUAUCUAUCUAUCUAUCUAUCUAUCUAUCUAUCUAUCCAAUCAUGUCAUUAUCUAUCUACCUAUCUAUGCAAUCAUGUCAUAUCUAUCCAAUUAUGUCAUAUCUAUCUAUCUAUCUAUCUAUCUAUCUAUCUAUCUAUCUAUCUAUCUAUCUAUCUCAGUUUAAUCCUAUCUAUCUAUCCAAUCAUGUCUUUAUCUAUCUAUCUAUCUAUCUAUCUAUCUAUCUAUCUAUCUAUCUAUCCAAUCAUGUCAUGUCAUACCUAUCUAUCUAUCUAUCUAUCUAUAUUCGAUUAUGUCAUAUCUAUCUAUCUAUCUAUCUAUCUCAGUUUAAUCCUAUCUAUCUAAUCAUGCCAUAUCUAUCUGUCUAUCCAAUUAUUUCAUAUCUAUCUAUCUAUCUAUCUAUCUAUCUAUCUAUCUAUCUCUCUCUCUCUCUAUAUAUAUAUAUAUAUAUAUAUAUAUAUUCGAUUAUGUCAUAUCUAUCUAUCUAUCUAUCUAUCUAUCUAUCUAUCUAUCUAUCUAUGUAUUGUCAAAGUGCUUCUUUCUUUCUUUCUUUCUUUCUUUCUUUCUUUUGA